AUGCGAAAUCAGCGGGGUGGCGCUGAAGACACCGCCGUUCUGUGGUGGCAGUUCAAACGCGGUUUGCCCCGUCGUGGCGUGAAAGAUGAAGCUCAGGCUCCCAUUAAUACCGCUGAGCUGAGCUCUAGUCAGCGAAAGCGACUUAACCGUCGACGUUAUGAGAUUUUCCGUUUUGCAGGAGCACCCAAAACGGUUUCGACGAAACAUCUGGCGGUGCUGGAGUGGAGCCCUGCUCACCAUAUGGCCCUCGUUCGCCAGCCGCGAGGUAAGAUCUUCCAGUCACUGGGUAUUGUGCGGGGUCCUGAACACUGGCUCUACCCCGAGGAGGCUGUGUUUCUGGUGGAUCGCAGUUCUGCGGAUCUACUGGUUGACGGCAUCGCGACUUCCGUGGAGCGAUGUUUUGCGCUCUUGCUCUAUGAACGCAUCCCGCUGGAGCACUACUACGCGUAUGCGUACCUGCGCCGUCUGGGAUAUCAUGUGCGACGAAGUCUAUCAGAUACACGCGCUGCCGCCAUUGUUGGGGCUCCAUUCGCAUCAGCUUUUCAAGGGGAUCGCGUCCCCUUCCACUACGAUGUGUGGCCACCGGGCAACUUCAAGCGCAGCAUGCCUGGUGUGCCGCUCUUUCGGGCAGUUGUUCUGCCUUUUAGCGCACCCGUGUGGACGGCUGCGCAGAUGCGACACCUAGCAGAGGCAGCGGAGCCGAGCUCCGCGCGCAUCAUUGUCGUCGAGCGGAGCAUCGUCGCAUUUUUCGAAGUGCGAGCUCAAGGGCCGCUGGCGAAGCCAGCGAAUCCCGCUGACUUGUGGAUGGCUGAACGGGCGCUUGCGCUUCAAAGCCUUACCAAUGGCCCUGAGGCAGACGCAUCAGUCGCGUUGGGUGCUUUUGCAGCUGAGGACGACGACGACGACGACGACGACGAUGCUGAUGCCAUGUCAGCUCAAAGCUCCGACUGGAAUGCGUCCAUAUCCGGAUCGGAUGCUGAGGAAUGCUCUGGAGUCAGUAGUCAUUCGGCGAGCAGCAGUUCAUCGAACGACGAGCAGGGACUGUGA